CCUAAUGUCUAUAAAAUUCCCACUGUUUUGGGUAUCAGCAAAGAGGGUACCAUAAGAUCAGCCCCUGCCUUCUCUAUGGCUGGCCGUGAAAAGCCUCGUCCCUUGCCAAGUCUUCUAUUUCCCGGUCCAGGUUUUUAUGAUGCCGAAUAUACCGCCAUUAAACGCAAACCGCCCAUGUAUUCUAUGGGCGGCAAACACAAAAUACCCAGUGAUGAUCAUAUGAAACCUGGUCCCGGUGCUCAUUGUCCAGAAAAGGUCAAUCUCUCCAAUGUUCCCGCUUAUAGUUUUGGCAUUAAACAUUCUCCCUAUUUGGGCUGCAUACGGGAACAUCAUGAUCAUGGCUUUUCGGGCAUUUGUUAAAUUCAACAUUACAUUCCUUUUCUCCUUAACUUUAAAUCGUUUCAAUUUCUUAUGGCCUGCCGUUUUUAUUUUUUGCUGAUACCUUUACUUUUAUUUUUAUCUAAACUCUCUAUUCUUUUUGAAUUUUAUGUUACUUUUCUUUAAGCUCUUAAAGUUCUUCUUUUUUUUGACUUUAUUAUAUUUAUUAAUCAAUCAAGUAUUGUAUUAUUUUUUUUAAUUAUAAAAUUGAGUUAUUUUUUUUUAAAGAUUUUUAUCUACUUAUUUUUAUAUAAAAAGAAAUUUGUACAUUUUGUAAAAUACUAACACAUUUUUAUUGGACAACAAAAUUGUGUUCUACUAAUUUAAACGACAUUGAACAAAUAAAACAAAAACAAAACAAGAAAAUACAUUAAUAUUAAUAAGACACAAUUCGAAAUAAAUAAGAAAUUAACAUUUAAAAAAA